AUGUCUGAGAAUUUUGAGUUGAGGUUCUUUGAGGAAGUCCCCGACCGAGAACUAAAUCGGCCGGCAUACUAUCUUCAUCACCAUGCUGUUCUCAAGUCAUCUGGUAAGAUUCGAGUCGUCAUGAAUGCUAGUUCUAAGAGUCAGACCGGUUUAAGCCUUAAUGAUGUGGCGAUGAUGGGGCCCACGGUCCAGCCCGAUAUCGUGGAGAUCCUCCUCCGAUUUAGACUCCAUGAAUACGCCUUCACUAGCGAUAUCGAAAAGAUGUAUCCCCAGAUUCUAAUCCAUCCCCCACAUCGAGACUUCCAUCGAAUUCUGUGGAGAUCCACAACCACCGAACCCAUCAAGCAUUACCGAGCUAGAGGAGUGUGUUUUGGUGUCACCUCCUCCCCCUUCCUUGCCAUGCGCGUUCUGAACGAUCUUGCCGAGCAAGACCAAGCCACAUACCCACUAGCCUCUGAACUUCUCACCAAAAGUUUUUACGUUGACGAUUGUCUAUCGUCCGUCCCAACUAUCCAAAUGGCCCAACAAUCCAUCCAGCAGCUCCAAGACCUUCUUGCUAGUGCAGGAAUGAAACUCGCUAAAUGGAACUCAAACGAGCCCAUCAUUGUCGAAUCUCUAUCGACACAGCCCAAGCAAGAGGUCCCUACAUCAUCAUCCACACUGGGCAUGACCUGGCACUCUCUUUCUGACCACUUUCAAUUCCAACUUUCCACUGAUUUUACCACAGCCCGCACCAAAAGAGAAGUCUUGGCUUGGGUUGCCUCCCUCUAUGACCCUCUGGGUCUAAUCGGACCUACGGUCGUCUAUAGGAAACUGAUAAUCCAAAGAUUGUGGAAAGAGAACGUAGGAUGGGACCACUCCAUACCAGACGAUAUCCUCGUGGAAUGGAACCGUUAUGCCCAUGCUCUGCCAGCUAUCAAGAAUUUAACGGUUCCCCGGUGGAUAUCAGGUCUACCCUGUUCCUCCUACAAAGAAAUCCACGUCUUUACUGACGCAAGCUCAUAUGCCUAUGGGACUGUCGCCUAUGCGGUAACAGAAAAUAACCGGGGCCAAAUUAUGUCCAGGAUCUUAAUGGCAAAAUCUCGAGUGGCUCUCACUGACCCUCCUACAAUCCCUCGCCUUGAGCUCUGUGCUGCGGUACUCGGAGCACGUGUUCUUGAAAAGAUCCGCAAAUCAUUCCUCCUCCUAGACUAUCAUUUAUGGACUGACUCGACAAUCGUUUUGGGCCAAAUACGAUCCAAGCGGACGAAACUUGACGCAUACAUACUGAACAGGAUAACCGAAAUCCAAGCACUGACUGAUGUACAUAAAUGGAAUCAUGUUCCCACUGAUGCCAAUCCGGCAGACAUCAUUUCAAGGGGUAUGUACCCAGUUGAUUUGUUGAAAUCCUCACUAUGGUGGAAUGGCCCACAAUUCAUUACCCAUCCAGUUAGUCAGUGGCCAAUUGAUCCCUCACGAGGUAUCCCAGCACCCUUAGCAGUGGCAACAAUUUCAGACAAGAAAGAUACUCAUCCUAUUGAAACCAUCCUGACCCGUCAUAAUGGCUUCCAUAAGGUCACAAGAAUCCUUGCCUAUAUCUUACGUAUAUCAUCCAAGACCAAGCCGACCUCAUCCUUAACUCCCCUCGAAUUAGUCAAUGCAGAGAGGAAACUCAUUUCUUAUGCGCCGUUGCUGUACUUUUCUGCCUCCGCGGCUUCGUCUGUGCUUCUUCUUAGGAAGCUCAAAGAGGCGUUUUGA